GUAACACAGGGGAGACUACUGACCCCAGCUGGUCUCCACACACGUGCUACGAUAUGAGCAUCACACACACACACACACACACACACACACACACAACAACAACAACAACAACAAACUUAAAAAAGCCAAACCUAUCCCAGCUUCCUCCAUUACUGAAAGAAGCAGCACCUCAAAUCUGCCCUGGUGUAUCUCUCUAUCAACUUGGAAACACCUUUUAUAUCAAACAUGAGUACAAAAAAAAAAAUCACCAAUAAAUGAGUGCAGAACCUAAGAGAGACAGGAAUCGUGUGGAAAGUGAAAUUCAAUGUUAAAGCAGCUAAGAGACGUCAGAGGAAGAGGAGAGUGGAGGUGAUCUGAGUUACCAUGACAGCAGCCUGGCCCAGGGCCCCAAAGGCAUGGAGCCCGGUGGGUGUUUGGGUGGGUGUUUCGGAACUGAAGGUGUUUGGCGAUGGAGCCCGGUGAGAGGGGUGGGUCAGAGAUGCUUAUCAGGCUUCUGGCUUGAGAAACUGGGUGGAGACAUGUUACUCAUUAAAAUGGCAAGGCAGAGAGGGAGCAGACUUGGAGAAUGUGCAGAAGGGAGCUUUGAACGCUUCUCAGUCUGCCUGGGAGACCGGCUGGUCGGCCUCCGGGUGUGUGUGUGUGUGUGUGUGUGUGUGUGUGUGUGUGUAGGAGCUGGCCGGCCGAGGGGACAUUUUCUCCUCACUGUGGUUUGAAGAUGAGGAUUUUCUUAGCAGUGUGUAAGGACCUUCCUUCAGGUCCUUACCUUUGAUCCCAGAACUCAGGCAGGUGGCUCUCUGUGAGUUCCAGGCCAGCCUGGUAUACAGAAAGGGUUCUGGGAUAGCCUGGGAGACCCUGUCUCAAACAAAACAAAACAAAACAAAAAAACCAAAAAACCUAAACAAAAGUUAAGGUUUUAGGUUUUGGCCUUCUUUCAUCCAGUGAGGGCCCUGGAGGAGAGCAGUGUUCUGUGUUUUGGAAGAGAAACUUGAGACCCAGCCAGUCCCUGCCUUAGGCUUUGUGUGUUCCUUCACUCCCUCCCUCAUGCACUGGCUAGAAGCUUGCUUUGUGCCAGAAGUGAUAGAAGCAUGCUUCCUGCUUUUUAGAAGCUUGUGUUUUAGUGGAGGGAGACAGACAAGCACCUCAAUAUCUCAGUAGGAUGCAAAGAGCUAUGGAAGACCUUGAGGACCAAAACAGGGCCGGGUGUGCAGGAGAUGUGGUCGGAAGGUGAUGUGAGGGUGGAAGGCUCUGGAAUGCUCAAACAGGACCACUGCCCUCCAUGGCCCAUUGUGACAGUGUCGGUUCUAGAGUGUAGGCCUGAGGUCAGUAAGAACCCAGAGGAGAAAUACCCAGAGUGGGAGGAAGAGGGGGAUCAGUGUUGGGCGGUGCCCCCCAGGGGCGCAGCAGAGCCCAAUGGGUCAGAAGGGCCACAAGGACUCUCUUUACACUUGUAAAGGGUCUCCUGUGGGCAGCCUCCAUGAGGCCCUGGACCAGUGCAUGACGGCCCUGGAUCUCUUCCUCACCAACCAGUUCUCAGAAGCACUCAGCUACCUCAAGCCCAGAACCAAGGAGAGCAUGUACCACUCACUGACGUAUGCCACCAUUCUGGAGAUGCAAGCCAUGAUGACCUUCGACCCCCAGGACAUCCUGCAUGCUGGCAACAUGAUGAAGGAGGCGCAGUCGCUGUGUCAGAGGCACCGGAGGAAGUCUUCCAUGACCGACUCCUUCAGCAACCUGGUGCACCGCCCCACCCUGGAGCAGUUCACGGAAGAGGAAAUCCACGCAGAGGUCUGCUAUGCAGAAUGCCUCCUGCAGAGAGCAGCGCUGACCUUCCUGCAGGAUGAGAACAUGGUGAGCUUCAUCAAGGGUGGCAUCAAAGUUCGAAACAGUUACCAGACUUACAAGGAACUGGACAGUCUGGUCCAGUCCUCGCAAUACAGCAAGGGAGAGAGCCACAGACACUUUGAAGGCGGGGUGAAGCUCGGCGUGGGAGCCUUCAACCUGACGCUGUCCAUGCUUCCCACAAGGAUCCUGAGGCUGCUGGAGUUUGUCGGGUUUUCAGGAAACAAGGACUACGGGCUGCUGCAGCUGGAGGAGGGCGCGAGCGGGCACAGCUUCCGCGCGGUGCUGUGCGUCAUGCUGCUGCUGUGUUACCAUACCUUCCUCACCUUCGUGCUCGGUACAGGGAAUGUCAACAUCGAGGAGGCGGAGAAGCUGCUGAAGCCCUACCUGAACCGAUACCCCAAGGGCGCCAUCUUCCUGUUCUUUGCUGGGCGGAUUGAAGCUAUCAAAGGAAACAUUGAUGCCGCCAUCCGGCGCUUUGAAGAGUGCUGCGAGGCCCAGCAGCACUGGAAGCAGUUUCACCACAUGUGCUACUGGGAGCUGAUGUGGUGCUUUACCUACAAGGGCCAGUGGAAGAUGGCCUAUUUUUACGCUGACCUGCUGAGCAAGGAGAACUCCUGGUCCAAGGCCACCUACAUCUACAUGAAGGCUGCCUACCUCAGCAUGUUUGGGAAGGAGGACUACAAGCCAUUCGGGGAUGAUGAGGUGGAGCUGUUCAGGGCUGUGCCAGGCUUGAAGCUCAAGAUUGCUGGGAAAUCUCUACCCACAGAGAAGUUUGCCAUCCGGAAGUCCAGGCGCUACCUCUCCCCCAACCCCAUCUCGUUGCCAGUCCCUGCUCUGGAAAUGAUGUACAUCUGGAAUGGCUAUGCUGUGAUUGGGAAGCAGCCAAAACUCACAGACGGGAUGCUUGCAGUCAUCACAAAGGCUGAAGAGAGGCUGGCGGCGGGCCCAGAGAAUGAGUACUCAACAGACGACGACUGCUUGGUCAAAUUGCUGAAAGGCCUGUGUCUGAAAUACCUGGGCCGCACCCAGGAGGCAGAGGAGAAUUUCAGGAGCAUCUCCAUCAACGAAAAGAAGAUCAAAUAUGACCACUACUUGAUUCCAAAUGCCUUACUGGAGCUGGCACUGCUAUUUAUGGAGCAAGGCAGAAAUGAAGAGGCCAUCAAACUCCUAGACUCUGCAAAGCAUAACUACAAGAAUUACUCCAUGGAGUCGAGGACACAUUUUCGAAUCCAGGCAGCCACACUCCAGGCCAGAUCUUCCCUAGAAGAUGGCAGCAGCAGGUCUAUAGUCUCAUCAGUGUCCUUGUAGCUUCCUGCAGCACUCCUGGGCUGGACGAUGAGCAGACAGCUAGCUGGACAGAGCUCCUGGAAACAUUUCAAAAGAUCCCUCUCCCCACCCCCACCCUUCCUUGGGGUCCACCCGGUGCUCCAGUGGGAUGGCACAAGAACAUCUGUGCAGAAGCAAAGACAGCAUUUUUACCAGUGUGGCCAAGGCCUGUGCCACAGGCAGAGCAGGUGGGCCCUAUGCCUGCCCUAUCACACAUACGGGUACUUGUUUUACACUGUGAUGUUUAAGAGAAUGUAUGAACAGUUUACAUUUCUUCAAAAAUACAUUGAUGGGAUUAUAGUUGGUAUAUUAAAAAAAAAAAAACUAAACCAAAAAAACUGAACCAAACAAAACCUGCAA